GGUGGGAUCCAGGCUGGUGUAAAUCUGCAGGCGAAGGCAGGGGGAAGCUGAAGGACUGCUACUUCUGCUCGGCGCUGAAGAUGCUGCGAAGUUUGUGCUGGUACCUGGUCCCUUUGGUUGCUUCAAUCCAUCCAGAGUGUAAAAUACUCCAACAGAUUAUGGAAGAUGAAGCUCACUGUUUGGAGAAAAAUGAAUCACUGGUUCCAGGUUUUGAAGGGUGUCCAGGAAUCUGGGACGGACUGAGUUGCUGGCCCAAAGCCACGUUCGGGGAAGUGGUCAUGAUCCCAUGUCCAGGAUUUUUCCAAGAAAUCACCAACAUACGUGGGCUGUUGCACAGAAAUUGCACCCGAGGCACAUACUGGUCAGAGCCAUUCCCACCAUAUUCCAUUGCCUGUGGAUUUGAAGAAGACAUGACAAAGGACCCAGAAGAUCAGAAAUCGUACUAUUUGGCAUUCUGGCAUAUCUACACAACAGGCUAUGCAACGUCUCUGGCUUCCCUCAUGACUGCUCUUCUCAUCUUUACUGUCUUCCGGAAAUUCCAUUGUACUCGGAAUUAUAUCCACAUGCAUUUGUUUCUCUCGUUCAUCUUGAGGGCGGUGGCCGUCUUCAUCAAGGAUGCCGUCCUGUUCUCCGACGACAGCAUGGACCACUGUCUGGUGUCUACGGUGACGUGCAAAGCAGCGAUGGCUUUCUUCCAGUUGAGCAUCUUAGCCAAUUUUUUCUGGUUGCUGGUGGAAGGCAUGUAUCUACAGACCUUGCUGGUGCUGACGUUCGUCCCCGACAAGCAGUACGCCUGGAGAUUCGUCCUGAUCGGCUGGGGAGCACCAGUGAUCACAUCAUCCACAUGGAUCCUGGCUAGGAUUUACAGACAGAAUACUGGAUGCUGGGAUGAUGAGGAAGAGAACGUGGUCGUGCUGUGGAUCAUCAAGGGACCCAUCCUAUUAACAGUUUUAAUGAACUUCGCCAUCUUUUUGAACGUCAUCCGCAUUUUGGUGCAGAAAUUAAAAUCUUCAGAAACUAGAGCAAGGCCCACGAAGCAUUUCGCGAGGUUGGCCAAAUCCACUCUCCUCCUCAUCCCCCUCUUUGGGGCACACUACGUUAUCUUCGCCUUCUUCCCAGAGAGCAUUGGGAUGGUGGCCAGACUGUACAUUGAACUCGGCCUGGGCUCUUUUCAGGGAUUCGUGGUUGCCCUCCUCUACUGCUUCUUAAACGGAGAGGUUCAGGCCGAGUUCAAGAAGCGGCUACGUAAGUGGCACUACCAACGCUACCUCAGCUUCACCCGGAAGCACCGAAGCGUCUCCCAGGACACCAGCCCCACCAAUUAUGUCACACAGUUGUCUCUGCUGGACAGGAUCAGCCCCCAACGGAGCAUUGGCCCAAAUGAUCUCUCCUCUGUCUGAAAAAUCUGAAGCGCUGGCUGGCCUCCCGUGUUCCUGGGAGGUCCCUGGUCUUAUGCUUCGAUCCAGCUGCUCAUGGUUACCAGGAGACCUUCAGCCACCCCAGCUAUGGAAAUUGUGAGCCUUCAGAGGGAUGAACUCAGCUCCAGUCAUGAAGGCUUCUGCUUGAUUUCAGUCUAUGUCUGUGGAGCCAGAGGUUGGGAGUUCGAUUCCCCUGCUAUGACUCCUUGACAAGGGAUUGGACUUGAUGAUCUAGAGGGUCCCUUCCAGCUCUGCCGUUCUAAGAUUAUUAUUAUUGGGGUUGUAAGUCCAAGGCUAUGACUAUGAGGCUCAGGGUUUGGGGCCCAUUCUGUGGCACUCAAGAAAUGGGAUACAGCUCACCUGGCAGUCCAAGAUGUUUGGAAUUCAUUCUCGUUGCUUCAGGACACGCCAUUUAGAUAAGCUCAGAUGCACCCUUCUUCCAGAUGUUGCAUACUUUAAAACUGCUACAUCAGCAGCAGCUGGAAUUAAUACUUUGUCUUCGGAACGAAUCAAUGAGUCUAUAUGGGAAUCUCUUUCUCCCGUACACCAUUUGGCAGUUGCCGGAAUUUUUGUGGAAGUGUCCAUCCUCUGGAACAUCCCAAAGGGGCUACUCUGUGGUCCCAGAUGAUGGAGCCACAAUCUCAGGAAGUGGAAUUUCCUAUGAGCAGAACAGCAGCUUACUAUUUUUGUGAGUUUACAUUAGUAAAAAAAACACUUGAGUUUAAGACACAGGGUGUUGUCUUUCUGUGGAGGGGGUGAUGAUGGCAAAGGAUGAUUUCAAAAGCCAGACCCCAUCUCAAAAGGGAAAAUGUCAUUUUUGUCCGAGAUAGCAAAUUUUGUACUGAUGUUGCUUUAGUGGGGAUGUCGAAUUACAGCCGUGGUUCUCAUUCCCAGCCUUGGGUCACCCAGGUGCUCUUGGACUGCAACU